GUAUGUAGUUAGCUAACACAACUAUACUGCUGUCUGUUUAAUAUCUGGUACUGCAUCUUAGUGCAUCCCUACCGGUUAGCAGCAUAGUGUACAAGAUAAAAAUCCUCCGCUUCUUCCGGUCCAAGCCGGAAGCUGCUUUCGCUUGUUUACGUUUUUCGAGGGUCUUGCUAACUGGCGAACAAAAACGCUAGCAGCUUUUCCGAAAUGAUGGGUAACAGGUGAUUAGGUUUGUGCAUUUAGAACAGUUUCCAGCGGUGUUUUGGCUCUGUGCUGCUUUGGGCCAUGGCCUCAGCUCGCUGCUGCCGCUGCCUCUGGCUGACGGUACCGCUGCUCCUGCUGCGGUGGCCGGGGCUGCUGGUCGCGGCUGAGCAGGUCGCUCUGGUGGAGGUUUUCCUGGAGCAGCGGCCCGGUGUCAGCGCUCUGCUCCAAGGGGAGGUGGUGGAGUCCAGCAAGGGCAGCAGGAGCUCCGAGCACCGGGACGAGGACAAAGAAGAGCUGGAGGGAGAGCUGGUCCUGGUUCAGGAUGAGGAGAUGCAGGGGAGUGGAGAAAAAAGCGAGGACGACACCAAAGAGCAGGAGCCAUGGAUCGGGGUGGUGCCUGUGGAGAUGGACGACAGCAAAGCCUCCACUGGAAACCAGGAGUCCUUUGCUGAUGCAAUGGUCAAUAAAAUGAAGCGGGCACUGGUCCUCGGAGCGUCUGCACUGAUUAUUCUGGCUCUCAACCAAAACACAGUCAGUGAGAUGGAUCUGUCUCAGGUGCUGUCCAAACCCAUCAUUGUGAUCCAGACGUCUGAAAAUGUCACCAAGCUGAUAGGAGCUCUGCUCAGGGGUCUGCAAGCGACAGCAAAAAUCACAUACAAGACCAUUCUGCAGGACAACCUGGGAGCCACGCUCACGCUGUGGUCCAGCUGCGGUCGAUCCAGAGGGGGUCGCUACGGAGAGUGGCAGGGGGUCAUCUGCACGGGAGAGACGAACUCUCAGGUCCAGACGUACCUGCAGCAGCUGUGGGACACUGUCCUCCUGGUGGCUCUGAUCCUCAGCACUGGAGUCAUCGUCCAGGCUCGCUGGCAGUACCAGGACCACCAGCUGAACGACGACUUGGAGCUCCUUCCCAAACAGGACGUUCUGAAGAGAAUGUCCUCCCUGAAGACCAAAACAUAUCGCCAGCCCAAACCGUGGUGUGACCCGUCCCAGCCGGUGGAGACGGACAACUGUGCAGUCUGUCUGGAGCCGUUCAACAACAACCAGUGUCUGCGGGUGCUGCCGUGUCUUCACGAGUACCACAGAGAUUGUGUUGACCCCUGGCUGCUGCUGCAGCACACCUGUCCUCUGUGUAAACGCAGCAUCCUCAGCAGCGUCUGCAAAGACAGUUAACAGUCACCUCACCUCUCCUGCUGCAUCAGCUCUGGGAAUCAACUUUCAUCUCUUCCUCUGUGACGCUCCAGUAGCCGUUUUGAUUUUGUUCUUUUUAACUGACCUCACGCUCCCUCCUUCCAGCGAUGGAUUGUGGGAGCAAAUAUACACUUCUCACAGCAGCUGGUGGGCCGCCUGGACUGUGGAGCAGUCUGAUUUUGACGUCUGACCUUCGGGUGGGUGCUGCAGGUCUCACAGACAUAGAGUGGUAGUGUAAACACAAUAUGAUGAAGUACUGUACAGUGGUACUGUUGUGUGUGAACAGUACUUCUUCCUGGGAUCAUGUUACUGUACAAUUGUAGUAAUAAUUGUUUGUAUGUGUGAUAUAUGGCAGUGAAGACGUGGCUCUUCACGCAAACACCUUCUGCUCUGUGUUGGUGCAAACAGCUGAGCAACAAUACAGCAGUUAGCAGUAGUUUCUGCACGGACAUUCAAUGCUUUAUGGUUUUAAGCACGGAGGUCCAAAUGAUGUCAAUAAUCCACUUAUUAAGUGGACUAACAGAAUUUUAACAUGACUCAUGUAGUGUCCGAACUCAUACUUUGCUAUUACAUGUUAGCUGUAGAGGUUCUGUAGUUGUAGUCCAGAAGUAACUGUGCUACAGUCGGUAGCAGAAAAAGUGUUUGCACUUGUCCUUAACAUGCCUUAUGACUUUACUGCAGAGUGAAAAAACCCAAGCCACACACACACACCCUCAAUUCUGCUUUGACGCUUGAGUUUUGUAUGUUACAGAAGCUGAUUUAGUUGCAGCUGCACCACUUUCAACGAUUAGUGAUAGAGAUUGGUAGGUAGGUUGGUAAAUAUUCAGUAGAUGUCACAGCUCAGCAGGAUUUUCAACCUCCGUUCAUUUUUAUGUGCUUCCUUCCUUUUACGAGGUCUGUGUGAAGAGGUCAAAUGGUUUCUGACAGACAAAAGCUCUCCAAACUCAUCUCAAAUCAUGUGAAAAACUGAAUGUCCGCUUACUACUCUGACGUACGGCUGCACAGGUACUCCAGGUAAUGAGUGCAAUUCCUAUUUUGUACUUAAACACAUCUUAAUCUGGUGCAGUGACAACUGCGUUAAAAGAAAACAAGAGACAAUACCACUCUCAUGUCUGUAUGCUAACAUAUGAAGCAACAGCCAGUAGCCAAUUAUUGGAUCUCUAACAUAAAGAGUGUAAACAGGGCAUCAGCGAGUCUGGCUCUGUCUAAAGAAUCCACUAAUCUACACCUUUAACGUGCGAUUGAAAUUAUUUCUCAGUUAAUGUUCCAGCACCUAUCCCACCUUAAAACCACCACUUUUAUUUUUUUACACUUUGGAUUAAACAAAUGAGAUGUAAGAUGUGAGAUGUGCUUUAGAGAUGCUGGUCGGCAGGUUUGGUUGAACCUUUGGACAGAGCCUGUUUCCUCCUGCUUAUAGUCUUUCUGCUAAGUUAAAUGAACCGGCUGCCGACUAUACCUUCACACUUAAUGUAGACAUGACAGCGCCAACUCUUGGAAAGAAAGCCUAAUAGCAUAUUUCUGAAAAUGUCAAACUAUUUCUUUAAAGAUUUUAAUAUUUGCAGAAAGUUAAAGUUAAACUAAAGUAGAUAAUAUUCUACACUACAGUUAGAAAUUAGAGGUCAUUUUUUUUGUCAAAAGUUGCAGCACAGUAAAAUACUUAACUAACCAAAGGUGGGUGAAGAUAAAUAAAUAUCAUCUCAACACGGAAGAAAAUUAUUGUGAUUAUAAUCUCUGCAGCAUCUCCAACACAUUUUACAGUGAGAGGAAAAGUCAAACCCAUCUGAUUCUGGCAUUUUGUCAGUGAUGACUCAAACUCAAAGGAUGUCAAAAAACAGAGUAUUAUUGUAUUUAUUUUAUGUUUUUUUUGCAAUGUCAACUCCAAAAAGCUUUUACGUGUGCUUUUCUUGUUACAAAAUGCUCUGAUAGAUCUGUUCUCUUUAUAGAAAAUAGUGUGUGCAUGGCAACAUGUAGUCCCACAUGUCCCACAGCUACUGUGAGAGACGAGGUCUCUCUGUGCAGCACGUGCUUCCAAACACAAACAGCAUCAUUGUGAGAUGGUCAUAGACUCGAUUUCUUUUUCUAGACUUGUUUGUCCUGUUUUUAUGGAGGCUGGACAACAGUGGUGUGAACAGGGCGGAUGACAUCACAUGCACACACUUGAAGGUUACAUGCAAGCAGCCCUCACGCAAGCUACUAGUGCAGGACGAGUAGUACGUCUGAUGUCCAGACUUGAUCACCGGGUCAGUCAUUGUUCUUCCAGCUACAGGAGGGACCUCAGUCUCUCCGAAAUGCUGGAUGUCGCUUCCUUUUAUUCCUAUGUUGUCUGUUUCAUGUUGAUGAUGUCAAAGAUCAAUCACCCUGGAUCUUAAUAAACUGAUUUGUUACUUGGCAAA